UGUCGAUUCGGUCUUCUGAACGCCAUAUUUGACGCCAUCAGACGCGUCUCUGUGGCCCCCGAGUUUAAUUUUAUAAAAUAAACAAAGUUCAGAUCCCUUUAUACCUUAAAUACUAUCAUCAUCAUGUCAAACAAUGCUGUAAAGACGGAAGUGAAGCCGGAAAAGAGGGAAACCAAUGGACCAGAGAAUUCUCAUCCUCAAAAUCAACACCAACAACACGGAGGCAGAGGAGGUGGCGGCGGUCCCCGUGGUGGAUUUAGAGGUGGAAGAGGAGGACCAGGUGGUCGGCCUGGACCUAAUCGGUUUCAAGGAUCUCCUGGAGGAAGGGGUCGACCUGAUCAGAACAACCAAGGAGAGCAUAUGGAGCAGGAUGGAGAAGGUGGCCAUGGCCCAGCGGGUCGAGGAGGAGGUAACUUCCGAGGUAGAGGUCGAGGUGGCUUUAGAGGAGGAGAUGACAGAGGCCCUCGUUCACAAGAUCAAUUUUUCCAGGACCGACUUACUGACAAAUUGUUGGGGAUUGGUGGACCAACAAAUGACCUUCCUCCGAGUUCAAAUGUGGAGAAAAAGUUUGCUGGUCGAGCCCGGCUGUACAUAGGAAAUGUUACAAACGACAUCACUGAUGAUGAUUUGAACGGACUGUUUGCAUCAUAUGGAGAAACAAACGAAUUGUUUGUCAACAGGGAAAAGAAUUUUGCUUUUAUUCGUAUGGACUACCGAUCAAAUGCUGAAAAGGCCAAAAGGGAACUCGACGGCUCUAUGCACAAGGGACGAGUAUUGAAAGUCAGAUUUGCUCCUUUGGGGGCAAGCGUGAAAGUGAAAAAUCUUACACCAUGGGUGUCAAAUGAGCUUCUAGAGAUGGCUUUUGCUGUUUUUGGAGAGGUUGAACGAGCUGUCGUCAUUGUUGAUGAGAGAGGAAACUCCAAGAGGGAGGGAAUUGUAGAGUUUGCACGCAAAAACAGUGCAUUGGCAGCUCUGCGAAAGUGUGCUGAAGGUUGCUACUUCCUGACAAGCUCCCUUCGACCUGUGGUUCUGGAGCCGUUUGAACCCAAUGACGAUGUCGACGGCUACCCCGAGAAGAAUUUGCCCAAGAAGAGCGCAGACUACUACAAAGCCAGGGAAGUAGGGCCAAGAAUGGCUAAUCCAGGUAGUUUUGAGUACGAGUACGGCACACGAUGGAAGCAGCUGCACGAACUGUACAAACAGAAGGAGGAGGCAUUGCUGCGAGAAAUGAAACUUGACGAGGAGAAACUUGAGGCUCAGAUGGAGUACGCCAGAUACGAACAAGAGACUGAACUUCUCAGGGAACAGCUGCGUCAGCGUGAGUUGGACCGAGAGCGCCAGAAGCGUGAGUGGGAAAUGAAGGAACGCCAGGCUGAGGAGCAGCGCCGAGCCGACGAGGAGCUGAUGCGGCGCCAGUCAGAGGAGAUGUCCAUCCGAAUGCUACACCAGGAAGACGAACUACGCAGACGCCAACAGGAAAACAACUUGUUUAUGCAGGAACAAAGAGCUCCGACAGGAUAUGAUUCCGGGGCUCAGGGUUCUGAUCCACGGGAAUAUGAAACUCACGGAGGAGCCGCUGCUUUGCCAACGGACCCGAAGACAUUCAUGGAUUCGUAUGAACGAGGUGGUCGCGGCUUCGAAGGUGGCCGAGAUAUGAGGCCAAUGGAUGAUGCAGCCCGUGGAAGACCAGAUGCUGCCGGGCCACGUAGCAGAUGGGGACAAGCUGGUGAGCGUCGUCCGCAACCCCAGGACGACUAUCCCAACAAGAGACGACGGUUCUAAACUAUUCCUGCAUAGCCUAAAUAUAUUAUUCUGUGGUUUCACGUCUGCCGUGUUUUUAUCAUAAGACGACAAAUUAAAUGGAAAUAUAGUAAUUAAUUUAACUUUGUAUACAGUUUUUUUUAUGUAAUUUGUCAUUACAUAUCGAUUUGGUUGACGACAGAAGAGUUUUAUUUUUACUAUGAUUUUAUGUAUUAAUUGCAUUUUCAUGCUAACUAAAUGUUCUAUUUAUCUUGAUUUUAUGUAAGGUGUAGUAUUUAGUGACUUGAAUGUGAGUUAUGUGGACUAAUUAAAUGUUGCUUAGUUCUGUCCAACUA